AUGACGAAUUCUUAUAUAAAUGUUAUGUGUCAAAAUACAAAAAUAAUUUUUCAAACAAUGUGGUCAUUUUUUUCAAGAGAUCCCAGUAAAGAUUUUGCUUUUGAAAUAGGAGAACCAGUCGAAGGUUUAGAAGAUAAAUGUUUAUGGACUUUACAUAAAGCUAAAAAAAAGGGUAGUGAUGAAGAAGUAUCGGUUUUCGUUUAUGACGUUAAACAAGGCAAUGAAAAACAAUUAGAAUUGUGUAAAUCUGCUGUUAAAAGACUUAAAACGUUAAGGCAUCCGAGUAUUCUUACAUAUAUAGAAAGUUUAGAGACGGAUAGAGCUUUAUAUUUAGCGACUGAAUAUGUUGAACCAUUAGGUAAUCACAUAAAAUCAUUUUCCCAAGAAGGUCAUCAAAAAGAUCAUUAUUUAUCAUGGGGAAUAUUUCAAAUAACUAGAGCAUUAAGUUUUCUUAUUAAUGAUGGAAAUUUAUGUCAUAAUAAUGUAUGUCUUACAUCAGUUUUUGUUAAUGAAGCAGGUGAAUGGAAACUCGGUGGGGUUGAAUAUGUUGCAGGAAUAAAUGAAAAUUCAACUUUACCAAUUAAAUUGCUUCCAGCACUCGACAAAUAUGAUCCUCCUGAAAAAUUAGAUUCUUCUAAACAGUCUCACAUAACAAAAUGCUCUAGCGACAUGUGGGGCCUCGGCUGCUUGAUUUGGGAAGUUUUUAAUGGACACUUACCAAAGCAAAUGUCACUUAAAAAUCUUGAAAAUAUUCCCAAAUCGCUUACGGCUGUUUAUUGUGAAUUAGUCAGUGCUAAUCCAUCGUCAAGACCUAAUCCGGCUGAUGUUAUAACAAGAUGCAGGAAAAAUGGUGGAUAUUUUAAAAAUGAAUUAGUUGAUGCAUUACUUUUUCUAGAAGAAAUACAAAUAAAAGAAAAAGGAGAAAAGAAUAAAUUUUUUAUUAGUUUAGUGAAUUCUUUAGACAAUUUUCCCGAACAUGUUUGCAAACAUAAAAUUUUACCACAAUUGAUAACCGCUUUUGAAUAUGGCGAAGCCGGUUCUGCAGUUUUAGCUCCAAUGUUUAAGUUAGGAAGAUUAUUAAACCAAGAGGAAUAUCAAAAAAAAAUAGUUCCCUGCGUUGUAAAAUUAUUCGCUUUUAACGACAGAGCGACAAGAAUACGUUUACUACAACAAUUGGAACAUUUUAUUAGUCAUUUACAUUCCAACACAGUUAAUGAUCAAAUAUUUCCACAAGUCGCUCAUGGAUUCAUCGAUACAAAUUCAACAAUUCGAGAGCAAACGGUUAAAUCCAUCAUACACUUAGCGCCCAAGUUGAACUAUAAUAAUUUAAACGUAGAAGUUUUACGUCAUUUUGCUCGACUUCAAUCGAAAGACGAGGGAAGUAUACGAACAAAUACAACGGUGUGCCUUGGAAAAAUAGCUCAACAUUUACAUCCUCAAAUAAGGCAAAAAGUAUUAAUAUCUGCCUGUAUUCGUGCCAUACGAGACCCAUUUCCUCCGGCAAGAAGUGCAGGUAUCGUGGCAAUGGCAUCCAAUCAACAAUAUUUUUUACUCUCCGAAGUAGCCGCCAGAAUUCUUCCUGCUCUAUGCCAAUUAACGACCGACCCGGAAAAAAAUGUCAGAGAUAGCGUUUUUAGAACGAUUAAAGGUUUUUUGGGAAAACUUGAAAAAGUCUCUGAAGAUCCGAGUUUAAGAGAAUCUAUCGAGGCCGACGUGCACGCAUCCACUCCUAGUUUAUCAAACGCGGCGGCAACAUGGGCUGGAUGGGCCGUGACUGCUGUCACGGCUAAAUUUUACAGGAGUCAAUCUGAUACCGUUAAAUCUCAUUCUUCGUUAAACAAUAAAACUCUCAGCAAACCAGGAUCAUUAGAACAACCUUCCAGUAGUAGCAUUUCGACCACGACUUCCAGCGUGACUUCGAUGACUUCGUUAGAACAGGAAGAGAGUAAAGGAGGGGAUUCGAUAUCCGACUACGAUGAAAAUUGGGAUAACGAAAAUUGGGGAGACAUUGAUGCUCAGGGAAGUGGAUUUCACAACCUGGAAUCGAAACCGCCGGCUCAGACUAAAGAAAAAAUAGAAUCGAAAAACGAUGGAUGGGACAAUGAAGAAUGGGGAUCUCUCGAAGAUGUUGAACCUUCGGUCGAACCUAGUCGAACGUCCAACGAAAAUUUGGAAAGUACGGAAACCAAAUCAACAACGACGACGACUACUUUGAAAGAUAGCAACAAGACUACCGAAUCAUCCGUUUGUUCGACUCGUUUAAAUAAAUUUCGUAGUUCCGGACUCGCGGAUAUCGAACAGGAAAAUUUGAGCAGAGGCUCGUCCAAAAUAGAAAACCUGCGAAAGAAAAGGGAAGAGAAAAAACUUCAAAAGCAAAAAGAAGAAAAUCGUUUGACGCAAAAAGAGGGACCCUUGAAAUUGAAUCCAUUUUGGGAGAGCACGAAUUGA